ACAGUGUUGCACUUCCUUCAUUCGCUGCUUAAAUAUCUCUGACAUAUUCACACACUCACACACACUCUCAUACCCGCUAUAGCAUGACAGCUGGAUAAUGUAGUGUAGACUAUAAUGCCACUGUAAUUUCCAAUUGUACUAGGACUUUAGGAGAAUAUUUUACACACACUUAGUGUAAGACAGGAUUACUGCAGAGAUCAGAACAGACAGGAGUUUAGAUAUUAUGUAUGACAGUUCCAGAGAUGACAUUUCAAUGGAAGCCGAAUAUGCAAACUGGGAGAAACCCCGUCUCCAGAAGGUAAACGAGCAGGGACGUCAACCCUCAGGAGGCGAUGGGACAUGGAGCAGAUAUUCCAGGUCGUUGGCAGUGUUUGCAGUGUGUGUAGCACUGCUGUGUGUUCUCCUGCUCAGCUUCACUGUAAUGCAGUCUGUGAAACUCAACAGUAUGACCGGAGAAAGAGACCGGUUGCAGAUCAGUUAUGAUAAUGUGAGUGUUGAGAGAGACCAGCUUCAGGCUGAGAGAGACCAGCUUCAGGGUGAGAGAGACCAGCUUCAGGGUGAGAGAGACCAGCUUCACGGUGAGAGAGACCAGCUUCACGGUGAGAGAGACCAGCUUCAGGGUGAGAGAGACCAGCUUCACGGUGAGAGAGACCAGCUUCAGGCUGAGAGAGAUGAACUGCAGGAGGGGAGUAAGAUGUGGAAUUAUACCAUCCAGCAGGGUCAAAAGUAUUUCACCACAAAGAGGACGAGUUGGAACAAUGCUAGAGAGGAAUGCAGAUCGAAAGGAGCUGACCUGGUGAUCAUCAACAGCCGAGAAGAACAGGUAUAUAUCAGUAAAAUGUUUACUGGUGAGGCUUGGAUUGGUCUACAUGACACUGUUCAGGAAGGGAAGUGGAUGUGGGUGGACGGUACAGAAGUGACCACAGAAUUCUGGUGGACAGGAGAACCUAAUAACUACGAUGGAAAAGAGGACUGCACUGCAACUGGCAGCAAAUUUGCUAAAGCUGAACUUAUAACAUGGGCUGAUUAUCCAUGUGAAACUGUUUUGCAGGCAAUUUGUGAAAAAAGGGCAAAUAUUUAGAGCAGUUUUAUUUCAAGAAAAAUCAGUAUUUUGUUAAUUAAGGUCAACAAAGCCAUGUUUUAAGCCAAAUUCAUCUAGUUUUGUAUAAAAAUAGUCUUGCAGGAGAGUGAUGAGUUUUUUUAAAUAAAUAAUCUGAAAUCAGUAAAAUUAAAUUCUGCAAUCUAAAUGAAAAGAGGAAGAAAAAUGGGGAUAAUAGUCAUACUAGGAAAUGAUUAAACGAGAACUUACAGUGAAAAAAAAGCCAGUCUCUCUUUCCACGUUAAAAUAGUUUCAAGUUUUUUGUGUAAGACCUAUUUAAAUGUGCCAGAUGGGCUGCACAUUUCUUUGAGACCAGGCAAAAACUCUUUUCAGCUGUUCUGUAACCGAAAACUCAGAGUUUCCCAACUCAGGGUUUGUCAACUCAGCAUUCAAGUUUCAAGUUUAAACUCAGAGUUGGUUGAACCCCCUUUCUGAAACGGCCCCCUGAUUUAUUUUAGCUCAGACUGACAGCCAUAAAAACGUUUAUGUAAUGAGUCUGUCUGUGUUUUGCCCUGUUUCUGUCUGCUGGUUUGUGUUACAGGAUGUAAUGGAUCAUGCGAUCGACAGUCGAUCGCUCAUGCCUUGUGUUGGUUUGGAGGCUAGCUUGCUGCUCUGUUGUUAAUACAGUUGCUGAGUUACA